UAGCAGUAAUAGCUGAAAUGUCCAAUAGAUGGCGAUAUUAUGUGUGGCGCCUGGAAUAAAUAAAGAGAAGAAGAGCAGAACAGCCAUGCCUAGUGAAGUGGUGAUGGUAUGAGCAGACAAGGAAGCGCCUGUGUGGAAAGCAACAAGCAGAUGGAAAAGCCGUGUAGAGAGGAGAGAAAUGAAGCUGUAGACGAGGAGGGUGAAUUCUCACAUCCCAUUCCAUGGCAAAAGAUUGAGGCGCAGGAGCUCGACUGUGACUACGGCUUGCUUUUCUCCAAAGAAGAAGCAAACAGGCUUUUCAUGCAGCUAGAGGAAGAGGUGGAGUACUUUACAGAUGAAGACGUGAAGGUGCAGGUGUAUGGGAAGAUGUACAGCGUUCCCCGGAAGCAGGCGACGUAUGGAGAUGAAGGACUGGUGUAUUCUUUUUCUGGAGUGCAUCUCGCAGCCAGAGUCUGGACCCCGACCCUCGAAUAUAUCCGUGACGCCGUCACCAACGCCACAGGGCACACCUUCAACUUUGUCCUGAUAAACAGGUAUAAAGACGGUCUGGAUCACAUCGGGGAACACAGGGACGACGAGCAUGAGUUAGACCCUUCUUGUCCUAUCGCUGCGGUGUCUCUUGGAGCUGCGCGUGACUUCGUGUUCAGGCAUAAAGAUGCUCGCAAGGAGCCAAAACAACGUCAUAUAAAGCCUGUGAAACUGGAACUGGCCCAUGGGAGCCUUCUUCUCAUGAACUGUCCCACUAACACGUAUUGGUAUCACAGCCUCCCAGUGCGGAAAAAGGUGAAGACCCCGCGCAUCAGUCUUACCUUCCGACGCAUUAUUAAGAGUCGCCAGAAAAGGAAAAAGGAGUGACUUCUCCACUACGUUAGUGUGAUUUGAAGAGGUCUUAUUACAGUUGAGGACACAAUAAUAACUCAAUUUACACACAUGAACCAGUUCAAAAGUUUACACACACUUGAUUCUUAAUACUUUGUCGUUACCUGGAUGAUCCACGACUGUGUUUGUUUUGUGAGAGUUGCUCACGAGUCCCUUGUUUGUCCUGAGCAGUUAAACUGCCCCACUGUUCUUCAGAAAAAUCCUCCAGGUCCUGCACAUUCUUUGCUUUUCCAGCAUAUUUGACGCCUUUCUAACAGCGGCUAUAUGUUGAGAUCCAUCUUUUCACACUGAGGACGACUGAGGGACUCGUACACGACUAUUACAAAAGGUGUAAACAUUCACUGUUGCUCAAGAAGGCAGCACGAUACAUUGAGAGCCAGGGGUGUGUAAACUUUUGAACACGAUGACCGGUGUGUUAUUGUCCUAUUGGAGACAUGUAACCAUCUUAUUUAGCGUCUGAAGGGCAGUAAUAAAUGAAAACAAGAUCUUUAAACAAAAUUAUUUACACUGAACAUCCUGCUCAAAAGUUUACACCCCCGGUUCUUAAUGUAUCCGUGUUGCCUUCUUGGGCAUCAGUGAAUGUUUGCACCUUUUGUAAUAGUCGUGUACGAGUCCCUCAGUCGUCCUCAGUGUGUUUACUCAGCUUCAGUCAAAAUCUUCUUUAUUCUUGUCAGGAUCAGUGUGGUUUAAAUGAAUGAGUUUAUAUAUUGUUAAAUGGAACAAACUUGGCUCUUAAAAAAAAAAAACACUUUAUGAGCGAGCUGAAUUUUUUUUUUAACGGUCCUGCACACACUCUAGCCUGUGGUGCAUUUAUAGGUAAUACACACAUCCCCUUUGCGUCCAACAUAAACACAGUAUAAACACGAGCAUUCUGAUCUGGAAAAAAUAACACAAGAUUGUCAUUUUAGAGAUGUACCAAAGACCACGGCACAAAUUUGAAUAUUUCUAUCAAAGGACCUUCAAUGGAAACUCAUCCGACUUAUAACGUCUGUGAUAGACGGCCUGAUCGUUUUUAAUAGAUUCGACCCAGUGUUUAAAUUCAGUUUGAAUAAAAGGCAGUUUGAUGGUUUAGUGAACAAAACGACAGAAUCAAGGUUAUUCAAAGGAAAUUUAUUUAAUUUUUUUUUUAUUAUAAAACCAAAAACUACUGUGGAAUAAAUAAAUGAAAACACAACCAUACUUCUGUACAAGACAUUUCUAAAGCAGAGUGAAAAAUAAUGGUCCCAAUGAGUACAUUUUCGCUAAAAGGUUCAUAGAUUGAACUACGAGAAGGCAAUAUUUUGGCGAAAUAUUGUGGCAAAAAGGAAAAAAAAAAAUCAAGUGUAAUAACAAAAAUGUUAUCGUAUAAAUAUAUACAUAUUUUGCAAGCAGACACAUCCGAGUGAUUAUUAUUCUUUUUUUUUUUUUGUUUCUCUAAAAGUCAUACUUAGUGUUUAUACGCCAGCACUGCUGGACUGAGUGUGAGGUAUUUGCACAGCUGUCUAUCCGUAACCGGCCUGUUAACGUCUAAUGAAAAUCGCUUUCUUUCCCCUACACCCCCCCCCCCCCCAAUCCCAUCCCCCCAUCCCCGGACAGCCACACAAGCUGAGUCUUGAUGGCGGGCGCUCGCCAGAGAAAGACGAACACUUGAUGGAUCUGAUGGGUUCGUGGUCAGAAUUGUCGUCGUGCACUUUCUAAGGUUGUGGCGCUGUUGAAAUGGUGACCUGCAUUUCAAAGCUUGGUUUGCACCGUCACAGUUUUUGACUGAACUUUAGUGGAAAUGAAGGGAGGUUUUUUUUUUUUCUGGGAAAAGUUUGCAAAGAUAAUUCCGGGACAUGCAUGAGACAUUAAAAUAAAAAAAAUAAAAAAAUAAAAAGUAAUAAUAAAAAAAAAACCC